GUUUUACCAGGGAAACGAAGAGAAGGGGAAACAGAAGAUGCCGUGCCUCAAUCUCUCCACCAACAUACGCUUGGAGGACGUCGACACCUCAGGGAUCCUAUCCGAGGCAACGAAGACCAUCGCCGACAUCGUCGGCAAGCCCGAAUCUGUUCGUCCCAGAUCCCUUACUCUCUCCACUCGAUCUCUGUUCUUCGAUUUAGUCGUUAUAUUCUAUACGGUUCACACUUUGGAAAGGAAUGAAGAGGAGGCUCUUGUGUUGAUAGAUUCCGAAUACCUGCUAAUUAACCAGUAUGUAAUGGUUGUGCUUAAGGGAUCUAUACCCAUUUUGUUUGGUGGUACACAACAGCCAGCUGCUUAUGGUGAAUUAGUUUCCAUUGGAGGGCUGAAUCCCGAUGUGAAUAAGAAACUAAGUGCGGGAAUUUCUGAUAUUUUAGAGAAUAACCUGUCCAUUCCAAAGUCCCGUUUCUUUUUGAAGUUUUACGACUCGAAGGCCAAUCAAGCACAAGAACAUGCUCAGUGUUUGCAUGCCUUGCAUCAGCAAUAAACAUGUUAUCCCUCAAGUACUUUUUUAUGUGUACUUGGAUUUGACAGUGCUCACCUAAACUCUGUAUGCACAACAUUAUACGUUUAUGCUUAGAAUAUUGCAGUUCAAAUGAUUCGACUACAUUUCUAGAAUUGGUGAACCAGUUUGCGGAGUUCUUGUUCAUUGUUAAUGCUCGAGCUAUUUUGUACAUUUUGAUUAAGAGAAUGCACAGAUCCUCUUGUGUCUCCUGUGUGCAUCAUUUGAUGUCUAGCUCUCUUUCUGCAUUAUGAAAUGUGAUGCGGAUAGAUAAGUACCUGAUGGUUGUUAUUUGUCAUCAUUCGUUGGUUUGAGGAAGUUGAUUCUGGUCAUUUUGUUCUAUUAGAUUUGCUAUGUGAUUGUGUAAAUUGUAAUGGAAUUUUCAUUUUAAAGAGGAGUUUUGGCACAAUGGUAAAGUUGUUGUUUUAUGACCAAAAGAUCAUGGGUUUAAAUUCUGAAAACAGUCUCUUACAAAAAAAAGAAAAAUAGAGUAAGACUGCAUAUAUGGAUCUUUCCCCAUGACCCUGUAUUGUUGGAGCAUCGUACACCAGGCUAGUUUUUUUUUUUAAUGGAAUUUUCUUCUUUACUGUAGAUGCUUAUUAUUAUGUUUGGUAUUCUCCUCUAUCUUGAUAGCUUUCCUGUGCGAGUGCAAAGCCUUGGCAAAACCUUGGCAGCUUCGGCAUCAUGUUGGACCAGCUCACCCUCUCAUGUGCAUUCCAAUACUCAGGCUCCUCCAACUCAACCUCGGACACUUCACUGCUUCUGGCUGUUCCAAAGUUCAUGCAGGGAAAUUUGAGGGGUGGAGACGAGGCCAAAGCUCUUGUCAACUCUCCAAAAGCUCUUGUCAGGUUCUCCCUCUAGAGCAAAAACUCUUCCUCUGCAACUCUUGAUUCUCUCUGCUUCACCUGCACAUCACAUGCAAGCACAUGAACUAUAAACCAAAUUAUAUUGCUGCUCCAGAAUCUCUCAAAUUAGCAACACUAAGUGCUCUCUCUGAAGCCAAAGUUAGCAUGAAUCUCUAUCUCUGAAUU